AAGGCGCUCGAGAGAGAGAAAAGAAAAAAACCCCUCGGCGGCAGCAGCAGCGCGAGUAGGACGAUAUAAACCACCAUCGCCUGUGCCCCUCGCCUCCCCCGGGCAGACCAGACCAGACAGACAAGAUGAAGACGCCACUGGAGCACUCGCUGUGCGCACACACAACGCUCACGACCCCGACGGCGCUGCGGCUGCUGAACCUGCGACCGCCCGAGAGCGUGCUGGAGCUCUCGUGCUCGACCGGACACCUGUCGCUCGCGAUGGGCAAGUUGGGCGCGAAGGUGCUCGCUACGGACUCGUCGCGUGCCCUCUUGGACCUCGCUGAGGAGCGCGCCGGCGAAGUCGUCGCUUCGUUUCAUACCCUCGAUGUCACUAGUAUUCCGCAGCUGGAGGUUCUUGCGGGAACGGUCGAGAAGGCGGCUGGGUUCGAUGCUGUGGUGGCGAAUAUGGCGCUCACUGGGUUCGAAACGCUCGAGCCGUUAGCAGCGGUGUUGCCGAGGCUGCUGAGGCCAGGGGGAAGGUUCGUGGCCACAGUGAUGCACCCCUCCUUCAACUCGCCCGGCGCGCACCGGACGCUACAGGUCCGGGACGGAUCGACGGUACGGAGCGUCUGCGUGGGGAGAUACAUGGAUAUCCCCCCGCAGGUGGUGGAGGGGCAGCAGGACUAUUUCCACCGGCCGUUGGAAGAGUUGUUGCGCCCGUUUUUGGCGGCUGGGUUGGUGCUGGACGGGCUCGAGGAGCCUGUGUUUACGGGUGAGGAUGUGGGAGAGGGGGAGGUGUCGUGGAUGCGGUUUACACAGAUUCCGCCGGUGCUCGGGUUCAGGAUGAGACGAGGAGGGGGAAGAUAUAAUGGCGAGUGAGAUAUAAUGUUUAUUACGAAGCAUCA